AUGGCGUCCUUACAGUUCUGGAAGCCUGGAACAGCUGGACCUGGGAGCAACCUCGACAGAGCCACGGAAACUGAAGAGAACGUCGUCCAAAGCGCUCCUACAUCAUCUUCGCUAUCCCUGCAGGCCGCAAGGGAACGUCUGCCGAUCUUCAAGCACAGGGAGGGGUUGCUUUAUGCCGUGGAGAAGCAUGGCGUAACAAUCUUGGUUGGCCAAACUGGCAGCGGAAAGACAACGCAAUUACCCCAAUUUUUGUACGAAGCCGGCUGGGCGGCGGAGGGCAACCGCAUCGCGUGUACGCAACCCAGAAGGGUGGCCGCUACCUCCGUAGCAAGCAGGGUGGCCGCGGAAGUAGGGUCAAUAUUGGGAGACGAGGUCGGUUACACCAUUCGGUUCGAGGAUGUCAGUGACAAGGAGCGCACUCGAAUUCUGUAUAUGACCGACGGUAUGCUCUUCCGCGAAACGCUCGUCGACCCGCUACUCAGUCGAUAUAGCGUCAUCAUGAUCGACGAGGCGCACGAAAGAAGCAUUUAUACGGAUUUGCUCUUGGGCAUCCUGAAAAAGAUACGGCGGAAGCGACCAUCUCUCAGACUGGUGGUGUCAUCGGCAACCCUUGACGCUACUGCAUUCCUCGAGUACUUCACGGCCGGAAACAGCCCUGACGAGGCGACUAUUGUCAGCCUGGAGGGCCGUGCCUAUCCCGUGGAAACCGCCUACCUUCAAGAGCCUGUCCCAGAUUAUGUGCAGAAAGCUGCAGAAGUAGUAUGGGGCAUCCAUCUCCAACAAACGCCCGGUGAUAUCCUCGUGUUUCUCAGUGGCCGUGAGGAGAUAGACCGUUGUCUGGAGCUACUCGCCGAGUUACUGCCAACCCUUCCCCGGAAUGCCAAGCGUCUCGUCUUACUCGCGCUCCACGCGGGCUUAAGUACAGAUGAACAACUCAGAGUGUUUGAGCCCGCAGAACGCGGCACUCGCAAAGUCAUCAUAUCAACCAACAUCGCCGAGGCGAGCGUGACCAUAGAAGGCAUAAAAUAUGUCGUCGACUCGGGGUUUGUGAAGAUUCGGACCUAUAAUCCCUCCACCGCGAUGUCGUCUCUAACGACAACACCGAUCUCUCAAGCCUCUGCUACCCAGCGAGCAGGACGCGCGGGUCGUACAGCUCCAGGGGUCUGCUACCGCUUGUACACAGAGCGCGCUUUCCAGCAAUUGCGCGUGACAAGCCCCCCGGAGAUCACUCGGACUGACCUCACCACCCCCAUACUCCAGCUGAAGUCCCUCGGUAUCGAUGAUCUCAUGAAAUUCGAAUGGGUCUCCUCGCCUCCUGCCGAGAGCGUGCUUCGCGCCCUUGAAGGACUCGCGCACGCAGGUAUGGUUGGUGAGGACGGGAGACUGACGGUCAUCGGCGAGAAAGUGGCGGAGUGUCCGGUGGAAGUCAAUAUCGCACGAAUGCUAUUCGCCUCUAAAGACUACCAGUGCGGAGAAGAGAUUCUCACAAUAGCUGCCAUGACGACAAUCCAGGACGUCUUCGUCAUCCCAGAUGGGGCGCCUGGUGCAAUUGCAGAGCUGGAACGACGAAAGUUCACGGCCGAAGAAGGUGACCACCUUACUCUCUUAAACGCAUACAACGGUUUCAGCCGUUACGGCCGGUCGGCUUCAUGGUGCAAAGCACACGCCCUUUCUUUUCGCGCCAUGUCUCGUGCGAUCUCCAUUCGGUCACAACUCAAGAAGUACAUGCAGAGGUUUGGCUUGCCCUUAGAGAGUUGCGAAGGCGAUGCGAAACGUCUCAGGAAAUGCCUCGUGACGGGCUAUUGGCGCAACGUUGCACGAUGGGUCGCAGACGGCACAUACCGCGCUGUGAGGGGAGAGACCGUGCUUCACGUCCAUCCACAUUCCGUUCUGUUCACGCGGAAACCGCGGUCGGGGUGGGUGAUAUUCCAUGAAAUGGAAGAAACCAAGAAGACACAGAUCCGAAUCCUCACCGAGAUUGAACCCGACUGGUAA